AUGGAUAUUGAUAGUAUUGUUCACGUCAGCGUCCACGGUAUAUAAGUUCUAAUUCAUAUUUUUUGUCUGUCUGUCCCAACCCCUUCGCCACUUGCCUAUGUCAGUAAUGUUCCUUUUUAUUUCUUGUUCUGGCACAGGAAUUUUAUUCCUUAUUUUGGCAACGAUAAUAAACUGUGGGAUCAGUUCGCUCAGCCAAAUCGAUCCUCAUAAACAUAUAUUUAAAAUAUGAGGUCGAGGGGUGUUGACCGAAUCAUCGUUUAAAAGCAAUGCUUCUUACUAUCGUGCCGAACAGUAAUUAAUUUUUCUAACCACUAAAUGUAAUCGUAAUCAUUGUUAAAAUAAAUCACUAACUUUGAUUGAACUUUUGUAAUUUGUAAUCGUUAAUUAGUAAUUUUCAAAUCAUCAAGUGAUUAAUUUAUAUUUUAUUACAAUCUGCACAUUUCCAUAAUCCAAUUAAAUGUAUUAAUUAAGGACUUGCUGUUCGAUAUAGCUAAAUGUUAUUAUUGGAGGCCGCUUGCAGUUGAACAAUAGACCCAGAGAGAAUGCUUAUAUUCAGAUACAAUAAUAACUGUAUCGUUAAAUUUAUAAUGAUUUGUUAAAGUUCAUUAAUUUUCUGAUAUAUUUUUUAUAAUGAAGAAUCUCAAAAUUUCAAGAUUAUUCGGCAAGUUUAUCAUUAAGUCCAUUUUCAUCAAAACGUACAGAACAUGCUCGAGAAUUAUAUAGGUGAGACUUUCGAUUAUAGUUGAUGGAAAUUUUUUUGGAAUAUUGAAUUAUAGGCAUUAUAAUAAUAAUUUAAAAAAAAAUUGCAAAUAUAGUUUCUACAAAAUGUACAUAGUGUUAUUAAUAGAAGUAAACUGAUUCAAAAGUGUAUUCAUUUUACGAUUAUUAAAUUAAUCAUCAUUUUCAAUCAAAAUGAUUUUGAUUGCUUGUAUUAUUCAUCAAUCAGUGAUUACUAAUUAUUUGAUCAAUAAUCAUAGUUAACAUCCUGAUUCCAUAUUAAUCAUAAUCGUUAAACAUUAAUUAAAUUACGUUGUGCAUAUACCAAAUUUUAUAAUGUACAUAUUGUACAAAUCACUAAAUAGACUUUUAAUAAUAAUAGGUUUUUAAUAAUAAAGAAAGGUGCAAGCUUCCUUAAUAAUACUAAUUGUAAGCGUGGAUUCUCAUUAAUCGAAAUAUUCACUAUACGGUUGUUAUGUUAAAUAAAAAUCUCGAUCGUUUCAUCUCGAUCGUGAUUCGUUGUAGGUUUUUUUCUUGUUCAAUUUAUUUACGUUUUUUUUUCAACAUUUAAACGCACGAGAUACAAUCAAGAUACAAAUCGGCUAAUCCAAUGUAUGCCUAUCACUUAUGUUUUGAUAUACUUUUACCAUUUACAAUUUAUUUUUAUUGAUAGUAAAAAGCUAUUCAAAUCAAUCUAUCAAAUUAAUUUCUCAUCGAAUAUAUUUUAUAAUUGAUCAACCUUCAGCAUAUCCUUCUUUUUAAAAUGUUUAUUUUUCAAUUAUUAAACCUAACCUAAAUAUUUUAGGUUUAGGUUAGGUUCAAUUAUUAUUUCGUUUUCAAUGAAUGUAUUUAUAUUGUUGUUUAUUGCAAUUUGCUUACGUAUAAGUAUUAAUAAUAAGUCUUUCUGUCCUUGAAGAAGAUGAAUUAGAAGUCUUUAUGUUCAAGAAAGUUUCCUUGCCACUUGGUCUGAUAGGUUCGCUAUAGAGAGUUUAGGUGACUUUCAAGUGACCUGAGCCUCUAACAGCUGUAAGUGGCCAUAAACCUUUGACUAUCUGAUCGACUUGUGUUCUAUACCUAACAAGGUGUGAAUCGACUUGUGUUCUCGACCGUGACAUAAAUCAAGGCAUUAACUUCCCCGAAUAUAGGCAAAAUAUUUGUACAAUGUCAUAUGCCAACAAAUUUCCCGAAGCCGAUGGAAAGGGAAACAAGGGAAUUUCCCAGAAUUCGCUCCACUUCGAGACAGUCCAAUUCAGCUCUCGCGAAAUUUCGAAAAUUCGCGCGCGAACACAGUGUAUUUUCGAUCCGGUGGUGCAAUCAGAAAACAAGUGAUUCUACAUUUAAAAAAAAAAAAAAAAAAUAAGUCUAAAAGAAAGAAUAACAUUUUUUUAUUUAAGUCUUCAUUUAAGGUACUUUCGAGAAAAUCGAGUUUAAAAAGCUAUAUUAAGUUAGUUUUUUACUAAUCCCCUCCCCCCUCUCAAAUGGUCUUUGAAAAAAAAAAACAGCGCCUGCAAGAUAUUGGCCACUUGAUAUCAUUCAAACUAUGAAUGAAAUAUUUUUUGUUGAGGUUACACUUACAAUGAGAUGAGACAUCUUGUAGAGUUCCUUGUCAUGUUAUUAAAUAAUAUAUAAUUUACGAAUCGAGUAAUAAUAAUUCCUGAUCCUUAAUUUUAGGUGAAUUGGGGGAUUAUGAUCCUAAAAUUCAUGAAGGGAAUUACAUUUCCGAGCACAAAUUAUUACUUAAACAAACGGAAGCUAUUGAAGAGAAAGCUAUGAAGCUGCAUCAAACAGAGUUGAAGGGAUUCACUCCAGAACAAGCGGAAACUCACUUCCUUAGGUUAGCAUCACAGUUGGAUACAUAUGCCGUUGAUCCACAUCCUGUAAAGGACCAAAAAAGUGCACAAUUAUAUCUCGGUAUUAAUCAUUGUGGAAUUCUAACCUUCCAAGGAUCCCGUAAAACACAUCAUUUCCGCUGGCCGGAGGUUCAAAAAAUCAACUACGAAGGAAAAAUGUUCAUUGUACAUUUAACGAUAAGUGAGGUAAAAUUUUACGAAAUUCAUUUUUAUAAUUAUUUUCUUAUCGAUGUUUAUGUAUGAAAUUACAAAUUAGGCACAAUGAUAUUUAUAUUAGGAUUUAAUGUUUAAUUGAAGGAAAAUAUUUUAAUAAGAAGUUUUCGAAGAUUCUAUAGUAACUUAUUUUACUAUUAAUUCCCAAACAAAAAAAAAAAAAAAGAAAAAAAAACGUUUUAAAGAUACAAUAUGUGAUAUUGAUGCAUAUAUUUUACUUAUAUAUAGAGGGCUCAGAUGCAUAUAUUUUACUUAUAUAUAGAGGGCUUCAAUAUGAAUCACUUUUCAUUGAAAGCAAUAAUGCAAAUACUCUUUUAUUGUUAAAAUCUUCAAUCAUUACAAUUAUAACUAAAUUAUAAUUUUGUAGUUACAACUAA